GCACCCGCCAUGGCUGACGAUACUCCUCCAAAGACGCGCCACUUAAAGGUACGGUUCAUCCCGCCGGGUGGCUCGACGAGCGCGGAUGCGGACGCGCACGGCCCCGGAGCCCCAGCUCCGCCAUCCUCCGCCGCUCCACCGCCGCCCGCCGUGGAGCCGGCCUCCUCCGGCAUGGCUGAUGAACCUCCUCCAAAGGUGUGCCACUUCAAGGUACGGAUCAUCCCGCCGCGGGGUUCGACGAGCGCGGAUGCGGACGCGCACGGGCCCGAAACCCUAGCUCCGCCUUCCUCCGCCGUUCCACCUCCGCCCGCCGUGGCGCCGGCCUCCUCCGCCCCACGGCAGCCGGAUCCGGCGGACAACCGGUCCCGACGGCCCCGACCCGGCUCGGCUCCUUCCUCAUCCCUCCGCCCCGGCUCGGGCGGCCCCGACGCCCGCGGUCACCGGCCCGACGCGGCCUUCCUCCUCGACGUCGUCCCGGCGGAAGUCUGAGCGCGGGAUCGCCAAAACCCUGGAUCCACCGCCCUCCCGCGCCCUGAUGUCUCCAGCGGCUUCGACAGCCAUUCCCACCAUCAACUCGAGAUCUCUCCGACGAACUCCUGCGCGUGCGGCGCGUGCAGCUCAUCUUGAUGCAGCUAGCCAGCACUGCCACGAGGAUGAAGCAGCAACAGAGGUCGAAGAUAUUAUUGCUGGUACAAACUGUAAAGGGAAGAUGCCCCUGAAUGCUGGUGCUGAAAUUCAGAAUAAAGCACAAUCAUCCUAUCUGAGCCUGAGUCGUCCACUGUCUUCUCAUACUCUACCCAAGGUCAAGCAGAUAUUCGGUGACGUAAGCUGGAAGGGGGCACGUGGCAAAUCUUUUGAGGGGGAGAAGAAAAUUUCAACUGUUGCGUUAAUCACUGAUGAAGAUAUGCUACUUCAUGAAUCAGCAGAUACUCAUAAUGAGAACCCAGCAAGAUUGAUAAGUAUAAUGUCGAAUCUCAGAAAAGGGAAGCUCAUCAAUAGAUGUGAUCUAUUCAAACCUGAUGAGAUUGGAGUAAAGUACAUGCUGGAUGUUCACUCAAGUACGCAUGUGAAAGACAUAGUGUCAAUUGCCACAAAGAACCAGAACCAGAGGGAUAAUUUGGCGCUUAAACAUUGCAGCAAGGGCGACAUGUAUUACAGCCAAGGCUCCACAAGAGCAGCACUAUUGGCCGCUGGUGGGUCUGUGAAGGCUUGUACUUUAGCUGUGGAGGGCAUGUACAAAUAUGCUUUCGCAUUGGUAAGACCACCUGGUCACCAUGCGGGACUGCGUGGACCGAGUGGUUUUUGCCUAUUGAACAACGUAGCUGUUGGGGCCAUGCAUCUGCUGAAUAAAUAUCAAAUGAAAAAAAUUGUAAUACUUGAUUGGGAUAUCCACCAUGGAAAUGGUACUCAGAAGAUCUUUUACAAAGACAAUCGAGUCCUCGUCAUUUCAGUACACAGAUAUGGGGGUGGUUUCUACCCUGACUCAAGUGAGGGAAACACUGAGCAUAUUGGUGAAGGAGUUGGUAGGGGCUUCAAUGCGAACAUCUGCUUUACUCACAAUGGCAUCCGUGAUGUUGACUAUAUUACUGUAUGGGAGCAUUUGGUCAUGCCAGUUAUCAGCGAGUUUGACCCUGAAAUUGUUCUUAUUUCGGCUGGUUUUGACGCAGCUGAGGGUGACGACCUAGGUCAAUGCAAGGUGACCCCGAAUGGAUUUGCGACACUGCUUCAGAUGCUCAUGAAGUUUGACCGCCUUGUAAUGGUUCUUGAGGGUGGAUAUAACUUGGACGCGCUGUCAGAAUCUGUUUCAGCUUGCAUCGAGGUUCUUCUGGGUGAAAAAAGUUGUAUUCCUCUUGACAGGACAAUUCUGCCAUACAGCACGACCUGGGAGGCGAUCAUAGAGACACGGAAAGUACUAAAACCAUUCUGGGAUGCGUGCAAACCAGAUAUUCCUGAAGGAAUCAGGUCCAAGAGCAUACCAUAUGUGGCCCAAAAAACAACCGACUAAGACAUUGCCUGACUGAGGCAUGGAUAGCAGGCGUCAGAUUUUGGAGGCUUCUUGUGUGUAUAAAUAGUCUAUACCGCUUCUUUUCACCUCACGUGCUAGCUAAGUUGGGUCAAGAUAUGGAAAGUGGCUCAAUACUUGUAUAUAGGCAUUCGAAGUGGCUCAUUCUCACGUACUGCGUCCUUUCACCGCAUUACGAUUUGACUCAAAUAGCUUAGCCAACAUGUCGUAUAUUGUCAGGUAACAGAAGCAACAGCGCACUUGGAAUAUAACAUGUUCUUUUAGUUUUAUA